CAUUGUUCAUCCUUUCAGCAUAAAUAACAGUUAGCCCCGCCUACACAUUUACGCAUUUACCUCCGGCCUGUUAAAAGCUUCGUGCAGCAGAACAUCGGCCAGGAUUACGGGACGUGCUUUCAAAUCAGAAGGCUGAUGUAGUCACGCCAAAUUCUGGAGCAUAUUUCUCGAGUGAUUUGUGUAUCGGAAUGGAGGAUCUUCGUAUAUUAUUACUGGGCAGGACAGGAUGUGGAAAGAGUUCUCUAGGAAACACACUCCUAGGCAGCCGUGUGUUUGUAGAACAAAAUGGAAUCAAUCCCGCAACGAACCAAUGUCAAUAUGCAAGACAGCACAUCAACGGGAGAAAUGUUACUGUGGUAGACGCACCUGGUUUACGCGGCGACAGAGUAAGCGAAGAUACAGUUUUUCAAGAAAUAUUGAGCACCAUAGCUAUUUGGAGUCCAGGACCUCACGUCGUCGUCAUCGUACUUCGAUGCAAUAAUCGCUUUACCCUGGAAGAGUAUGCAAGCGUGAGGACACUGCAGAGGUUGUUUGGGAACAACAUUCGUCCUUUUCUCGUAAUAGUCUUCACUGGCGGAGACUCUCUAGGAGCUACACCGGAUGAGAUGAGGCAAGCCCUAGAAAGGCAAAUUGCGGCUGCCGGAGAUGAGCUGAGGUUACUUCUACAAGACGUGUCUAACCGAUUCUGUGUUGUGAGCAAUACGGGGUCACCUGAAGAAAGAAAUCAGCAUGCGACGGUUGUCUAUAAUAUGAUUCAACAGAGCGUGUUAACACCAAACAACGGGAUGUAUUUUACAAACGACACGAUUGAAAGAACCACCCAGGAACUGGAGGAAGUCAUUGAUCGCCUUCAGGAAACCCAUAGACCUGAAUCUGCUGCACGUUUCGUGAGACGUAUUUGGGGCAGGGUUAUUAACCAUAACAUAACCUUAGCCAUCAUCGGAGCAGCCGUAGUUGUAGGGUCGGCUUUUUCAAGAUGAUGCUCCAUUAUGCAGUAGCCAAUAGUCCGAUACGAGCUAGACGACGAGUGUUACAUACAAGACAGAGGGAACAAUCACUAGUAAACUAUGGGCUUAAUGGCUGUACUUAUGUAUCUGAAUCCGUUGUAUAGAAAUGAAAGAUCCCGGUUUGACUUUUACAAAUAAAUUUACUUUAUACUCACUAAUCUUUUAGCUGUUACGACUUAAAUUAUGUCUAGUGAAGAAGUUGUUUAUCCUGCAGCUAGUGUUUGUAAACUUUUCUUCGUUUAUUUCUAAACAUGCAUUAAAUUUUUUAAUUGUAUAUCUGUUUUAAUAUUUGAAUAAAGGGUUCUAGAUAGGGAGAUUUUUUUAAAACCAAGAAUAUAUGUAUGAUUUUGCGAGCAGAAAAUUAAGUCAAGUACAACAUCUUUCUCGAAGUUAUUACUGCAUUCAAAUAGGACAAGAUGUUUACUGAUAGUUAUCCCUGGAGCAUUUGUACAUUUGUCUAAUACAUGAUUUCUCCAAAAGUGUUUUCAUAUUUACAAUUCCAACAUAUAUGCUAAAUAUUUAUUUUUUUAUACGUCUUGCAAAGGGCGAACAAUCAUUAUCUUAUAGUUCCAUGUGGGAAAAUAUAUCAUUUUUUACCCCAGAGUUAAAUGUAGCACUCUGAUUUGACACCAUUUUAAUUUAAUAUCUUUUAUAUUAGUCAUUGCUUUAAAUAUGACAUGCCAAUCAACAUUUCUGUUUACUUUUCGUUAAAUUUCAAACAAUGGUAUUUGUGUGUUCUACAUCAUUUUAUUAUAGUACAGUCUUGCUUCUUUCUGUAUUGAUGGAAUUAUUCUUAGGGUUUUGUUUGUAUCAUAUGUAAAAGAAGAUAAUUCUGUUAUAAAUUAUUCAUUCGAUUAAAAAUUUUAAAUGUCUUUAUGGCCUUUACACGACCAUUAAAAGAGACAAAGUUAAUGUUAACAUCAUAAUUUAUUUUGAACACCUUGGUAUGUUAAGAAGUUUCCUUUUUUAUUUAUUAAGUGUCCAAUUAAGUUUUUAUUUUUCUCCACCUUUCUCCUAUAUAGACUUGGCUUAUUCCAAUUAUGUUACUACAAAAGAUAAGUUCUCACAAAAUUUCUUUGUUUUUUGAUGCAAUAUACUCUCUUAUUACUAUUCUCCUUAAUGGUGUUAACUGUCUCUUUAACCAUCUUUUGUACAGUAAUCUAAGUUUAGCAAGCUUACUAUCACAACUUAUUUUAGAUAGUCUUUUAGAUUAUUUGUAAACCAAAUGCCAAGAAUUGCACUUUUUUCUGGAUUCCACAGCAUCUGUAAAUAUUGUAAGAACUUAAUCGGUAAAUUUGUUUUGCUUCCCAGCCAUAUUGCACUUGAUUUUGUCGGUGUUUAGUACUAAUCCAGAUAUCUUUCAAAAUAUGUUUUAUAUAUCUCAUAGUUUCUUCAAAAGACAUUCUGUGAUCUUCCAAGGUUAGUUCUGUAUCAUCUGCAUAUUGUGCUAUUUUACUUUCAGAGUUGUGGAUUUGUAUACCUUUUAUAUAUUUGUUUUUCAUGAUCAUAGUAGUCAGAAUUUCUACGCACAGAAUGAAUAAAUAAAGUGAGAUGGCAUCGCC